CGGUACGGUACGAACGUCUCUUGCCAAAAUUCUAUGAACUUUGCUACGAAAAACAUCUUUCGAACUUUUACUGAACGUACAUUUCGCUAAUUGUGUUUAUACUGUGCGUGCCCAAAGGAGUUUUCGGAGUUCAAAUAUUUUGAUUUCUGAAAAGCUAGUGAGUAUGGAUACAAACAUUCAAUAUUUACUUCUGGCUCUUGCACUGACCUCAGUGCAAAUAUCGUUUACUGAGAGCCGUCUAAAUGAAAAACGCAGGGAUAAAACUGAAAGACGAUAUCAUGCUGUUCAAGCUAAAGACAACAUGUGCGAAAUUACUAACAGAGAAUCCAAAGUACAUUGCUAUUGUGAAAAUACUGAAGUUAAAACUGCCACUAGAGCAGACUGCUGGGUAUUUAAUGGCGGUAUCGAUGAAACCGACCCAAUUUGGUCGAGCUUCAACUCUCAACCGCAUCUGGAAAGAUUAACAUUCAAUGUCAGGUCUGAUGGUGCACUAAAAUUUAUUCCUCUUCAAGUUAUCCAUCGUUUGAAAAAGUUGCAAAAGCUUUUCAUACAUUACGCGACCUUGAAUAAAAUUGGAAAAGAUUCUUUUAGAAAUAUGUCAACGCUGAGAGAAAUAACUUUAAUGAAUGAUAAAAUCAUGGAGCUAGAUUUUUCCGCAUUUUCAAGUCUCCCUGCACUCGUAAAUCUGACAAUAAAAGGAAAUAAAGUAAUCGAGAUACAGCGGGAUGUUUUCGUCGAUUUGCCGAGUCUAAAAUAUCUCGAUCUGUCGUUUAACAGCAUUAGUCUGGCUCACGAUGGAUGUUUUGAACAUUUGAAUGUACUAAACGAUCUCGUACUUGAAGCGAAUUUAAUAUCGGUAUUAACAAAAGAUACUUUCAAGGGUUUGGCUAAUUUAACGAGAUUAGAUUUGAGAUCCAAUAAAAUGUCUAUGGUUGGUGAUCUAACGUUUUCAGAAUUAUGGAAUUUGAAUGAACUCCUGCUAGAUAAUAAUGAAUUAAAAUAUUUAUCUGAAAGGGCUUUUGAUGGACUAGCCAUGCUUCAAAAACUAUCAAUGACAGGAAAUAAAUUGCAAACCAUUAACGAAGGACUCUUGGAAGGCGUAAGAGGGUUAGAAUUAUUGGAUUUAAGGAACAAUGAGAUUGAAUUGUUCACUUACGAAACAAUCAAACCUAUUCUAGAAAAUUUAAAAAUGAAGACGUCAGUUCUCUAUUUGAGUGGUAAUGACUUCAAAUGUGACUGUCGUUUGUCGUGGAUACAAGUUUUAAGAAAUGAAACCAAAAGUGAACCACUUCGGACGGCUCUCGACGAAAUCACCUGUUCCUUUAUGACUGUCAAUAAAGCUUCACCAAAAACAAAUUUAGAGAACGGUGAUGAUAGGAUGAAAAUUCUUAAUUCUUUCGAAACAGAACCGAAUAUUGGCAUAUUUCAACAAAAUGAUGAUGGCGAAGAUGAUUCUAGUGACAUAAGUUCACAAUAUAAAUUUGAAACCACAACAAAACUGUUUGCUAAUGAAGUCGUUUUAGUCGAUAUACCUCCUGAAACAUUAUCCUGUCCAGGUGAACUGGUAGCAACAGGCGAAGAUUCGCUAAUGCUUUCAUCGAAAGAUGAUAGUUAUUGGCACUCAAAUUCAUGUAUGAAAACUUUGUCAAGUUUUCUAAUGAUGUUUACUUUAGUCAUUAUAUGUACUAUUCGUUGAAAAACUCUUUGCUGUUUACUUAAAUGAUCUUUAUUUGAUGUAUUGGCUGCUGUUUUAUUGCUUAUUUAAAAUAUUGAAGAAGACUGGUUAAAAUAUUUAAAUAAAUUAUUCCUUAUAACUGUGUUUUCCACUUGUAUCUGUGUAUGGCAAAUAAAAAUUUAUGAUAAUAAAUGUAAAAUAUGUUAUGUAAAUGUAAUUUUUUAAUUUAAAUUAAGAUUACCAAGGUCAAUUUCUGAAUUAAAAAUUUCAAUUUAAUUUUUACAGCGACUAUUAAAAGCAUUGAAUAUUUAACAUAAAUGUUAUAGAGAAUAUUUGUUGAAUCGAAUAUUUUAUUGACUUAUAUCGUAUACAAAGCCAAAGUAUUGAUAUUUUGGAUUCACUCGCAACCACGUUUGGCAUGUUAUCAAUUGCUAUAGGAAUGAUCAAAGCAUAGUUUCAAUAUGUAUAGCCCACCAAUUUUCGUACAUUCCUCUUAUAUUUGUAAUUGAAAAUCGACACUUUUAGUCAACUUAUUAUUAUUUUUUAAUUCCUCGUGUGAUUGUUCUUUGUAUUUAUUAUUUUAAUGGGUGUGUUAUUUGAAAGUCUAUAAAUAAAAUGCAUAUAACUGGUGAACUAAUCAGAUGAAAUUAUUUGGUAUUUGAUAAAUUCUAUUAUCAAUAUUAAAAUUUAAUUAUGAAUGAAUAAAGCUGUAAAUAAAAAUUUAGAAAAUACUAUUGAAGGAAAUCUUUGAACUUUAAAUAUUAUCAAAAUAAAAUUCCAUCACAUAUCAUAUAAAUUUUUAUAUAGACUCCAUAAAUAUUUUUGGUAAAGAAACAAUUGGGGUUAUUGAAAAAAUGUCAUCAUUGCUUACAUUUAUAAGAUGAGACGUAUUUAAGAUCGAAAUAAAAUAUCUUCUUCAUAAAGUGCUUUCAUGUUUUUGGGCCUUUAUCAGAAUGUUUAUAUGUAAUUGAUAGAUUUUAAGUAAUUUUGCCUAGCUUAGUGUGAUAAUUGUGAAUAUAUCAUUAUAAGUAAAAUAAGAUUUAAUUAAAGCGUGUAUUGAAGUUGUAGAUACAAAGGUAUUGUAAAUAUUAAAAAUAAAGUUUA